AUGGAUGUGGUCGACACUGGAAAGAAGCUUUCAGGGAGACAACGCCAGGACCCUGCAGGAGAGGACAUGGUGAAUCACUUUACCUCUAGUUCCUUAGCUGUAAAAUUAGUGGGCUGUGCUAUCAGAGCUCUGUCCCGGUUAUCUACUGCUGUUGACAAACCACCCCGCACCUUAGUGGCCUCCAAGGACCGUUUCCAGCGCUGUGGGCUGACCGGGCUGUCGGCUGCCGGUCUGGCACAUGCGCACUCGUGGGUCCCACUCUCCCGGGGCAUCAGCCAGGGGCUGGGCUCAGCUGGGACACCUAUGACGCUGGCCCGUCUCUCCACCUGA